UUUUUUUCCUCUAUAGUUAAGGGUUCUUCACUUUGUACUGUGAUCGGAUAUGAUACGAUCUGAUCCAUUGUUCCUCAUGGCACAAAUAACCCUUUAGGUGUGUAAGAGUGUGCAGUAUAUUUGUACUGAAAAAUUCCACCUACUGCACUUCACAUCUGGCGAUAGCAUUAUUAAGUAUUAUUCCAGACGUCCCUGGUCUAAGCUUUAAAUCACAGCUCCAUGCGUUUAUUAAGGAAUCGUAUGUUAAUAAAUAAAUAAAUAAAUAAAUAAAUAAAUAAAUAAGGCAUUCUACCGAACGUACUUCUCUGUUUUGUAAUUUUAAAUUUUUAUUCUAUUUUUAUUUUAUUAUUUUAAAAUACUUUGGAUUGUUUUUUUUUUUAUUAUUAUUUAUUUAAUUUAUUAUUAUUAUUAUUAGUAGCAUAAUUAGUGUUAUUUCUUUCAUUUAUUGCAUGUCUGUGUACUUUUAUUAUCUUCUUGCGCUUGUGGAUUAGGUUACAUUACUUUUAAUAGUUUUUAAUUCAUGUAUGAAAAGUAUACCAUAGAUACACAAUAAUAAUAAUAAUAAUAAUAAUAAUAAUCAGAAGAAGAAGAAGAAGAAGAAGAAUAUGAUUCUUUUUUAUCAACUCAUUUAGAAUUUUUUUCCAAAGGCCAGUGGAGCUCGAACGUAACAGAGGUCUCACCCGAAAUCUAUAAGCAUGAGCAAAGCAUCACCAUGUACUGUAGUUAAACACUAUGAUGGGUAUGAUAAGGGCAGCCAUCUUGGACACCGAGCCAGAAGUUAUACCAAAAGGGUUAAAUAUGGACUUUCCUUGCUGUUUCACAAAAAAAAUAUAUGAAGUGUAUAUACUUCAUUAUAUAUUAUCAUGUAUAAAGUAUAUGAAGCUUUUUGGUGAGAAACUUAUUAGCCUUAAUUACUUUGAGGGGUGGAGGGGCAGACUCUUCCUAGCGAAUCUAGCCCUGAGAGUGUAAUGUUUUUUUUUUAGUCAUGAAUUGCACUCUAAUUCGACUCAGGAGGUAGUAAUAAACAUCGGACAGCAAUCCUGGUUAAGAUAGAGCGCUCGGAAGAGAGUUCGAGCAUCUUCUCCGCCACUCUUGUGGAAUGCGGAGAGACGGAUGAGUGUGCGAAAACGAACAGGUUUAAGUGGCAGAUGUAGAUGGGAUGAUGGAGAUACCGUCACAGGCGUUUGGAGAUGAUUCUGCUGGCAUUCCAGGAGGGCUGGAAAUGCUCUUAGUGUGUGGGUUAAGAAUCACUUCAUCAUCAUUGACUCACUAAGAGAGAGAGCUAUUUGUCUUCUCUGUCACCUGCCCCCAUCUCCGUUUUUAUACCCAUCAUUCUUUCUGUGUUUGUUCAUCUUUUUCUCAUUGUUCCCCAAAUCUGUGAUUCUUGUCCUCCUGCUGACAUCUCUUUCUCUCUCUCUCUCUCUCUCUCUCUCUCUCUCUCUGUCCUGCAGCAUAUGCGCGAGGCUGCUGAGAGGCGGCAGCAGUUAGAGUUGGAACAUGAACAGGCCCUGGCCGUCCUCAGUGCCAAGCAGCAGGAGAUUGACCUUCUGCAGAAGGCUCAGGUUGAGGCAAAGAAGGAACAUGAAGGCGCCGUCCAUUUGUUAGAAGCGAAGGUGAGGGAGUUGGAGGAGCGAUGUCGGGCUCAGAGCGAGCAGUUUAACAUGCUGUCGAAAGAGUUGGAGCGCUUCAGGGUACAGGCCGGGAAGUUGGACCUGCUCGGCUCCGGACAGCUGACGGGAGGAGACUCGCCCGACUCACCCAGCAAAACACCUUCGCUUUGCUCGCUCCUCAACGGCCUGGGCAAGGGCAGUGACGGCUCCUUGAGCAAGUCUGUGAUCUCGGAGUUCAUUCGACCUCUGCAGAUGAGCGCGGGAGAGAAGGCGGAGCUGCUGUCCGUCAAGCCCAGCUUCCUGUCCCGGAGCACGCCCUCCAGCCCCCGGCGAACCUGUCUCUCCGAGGUCCGACCGAUCUUCACUGCUGCUAUGGAGAGAGAGCUGAACCUGUCUCCUCGCGCCAAGCCCAGGUAUUCGACGAAGGUCCGGCUGUGCGUCGCCCGCUACAAUUAUAAUCCGUACGAUGGCCCUAAUGAGCAUCCUGAGGCUGAGCUCCCCCUGGUGGCCGGGAAGUACCUUUACGUUUACGGGACCAUGGACGAAGACGGCUUCUACGAAGGGGAGCUGCUGGACGGCCAGCAGGGCCUCGUCCCUUCCAACUUCGUGGACUUCAUCCAUGAAGAUGACUUCACCUCGUCCUCGAAAGAACCGUCCUACCUCAACUUCACCUUCAACCACAGCAGCAGCCCGGCGUCAGCAGUGAGCACGCUCAAUACGCUGCUCUCGGAGAAACUGGAGGCCCUGAGUUCCUGCACAGGCACGGGGACGAGCAGCAGCAGCGGCGUUAGCAGCAUGGGAAUGGGCAUCGAGCUGGGCGUCAUGGGUUCUGGCUUGGCCAACGAGCCCCCGGCGCCGUGUGGCACGAGCUCGGGCACGGCCAUGCUGGAUAUGAGCGUGGAUGAAGUCGGAGAAGACGUAGUGCCUUACCCGCGGCGCCUGUCCCUCAUCAAACAGCUUGCGAAGAGUCUGAUCGUGAGCUGGGAUUCUCCUCUGGUGCCACCCGGCUGGGGGUCCAUCAGCGGCUACAACGUGCUCGUGGACCAGGAAGUGCGUGCCAGCGUGCCGUGCAGCGCUCGCACCAAGUUUCUAGUGGAGAAGCUGAACCUGUCAUCACGCGCCCACCGUAUUUCGGUGCAGAGCGUGACGGAGCGCGGCGUCUCGGACCCACUGCGCUGCACGCUGAUGGUCGGGAAGGACGUAACUGUGGCGCCGUGCCAGCUGCGUGUCGACAAGGUGGCGCAGAAGUCAGCCGAGCUCUCCUGGAUACCCAGCGACAGCAACUACAGCCACACCGUCUUCCUCGACGGAGCCGAGUACGACGUGGUCAAACCGGGAGGGUACAAGUACCGCUUCUACAACCUCAAACCAAUGACUGUGUACAAGGUGCGCGUGGUGGCGAAACCGCAUCAGAUUCCCUGGCACUUAUCUUUAGAGCAGAGAGAGAAGAUGGAGAUCACGGUGGAAUUUUGCACUCAGGCUGCUGGUCCUCCGUUCCCUCCGCAAGACGUCCAGGUGCAUUGUGGGACAUCGCCGGGGGUGCUGCAGGUGCGCUGGAAGCCCCCUCCUCUCACACCGAGCAACACCUCCAACGGCGCCAACGUCAUGGGCUAUGUGGUCUGUACCAAAGGUCAAAAGAUCGCGGAGGUGAUGUUCCCCACGGCGGAAAACGUGACGGUAGAGCUGAAUCGGAUCCAGUGUCUGGAAGCACGCGAAGUCGUCGUACGCACCAUCUCAGCUCAAGGCGAGUCACAAGACUCCAACGCCGCCUCGAUCCCACACAACCUACUGCCUGCUCCGUCCCAGUCCCACCCUCACCCGCCCCCCUUUCCCCCAAACUACCCACAGAGCUUCCCCCACCCACAACCACCGCCAACACCACACACACAGCCACCUCCUCCUCCUCACCCUCAACCCCAAAUCCACCCUCCGCCAUCCUCCGCUCAGCCGUUCCCCAAACCCAAACUCCUCCCAAGUGCCCGAGAUGCCCAUGCCAAAGACCCGGAGGCAGACAGGAGGCAGUGCCAGCCCUGGGAGCCUCACCAACGAGCCCCGUCGCCUCUGCCACCCCCGACCGCCAGAAGUCACGGCCUGGAGCCACCAGCACCACCAACGCAUGUGACCCAGAGGAUCCUGCCCCAGCCUCAGGGAACGCCAAUCUCCAACACGGUGGCACGUGCCAUGGCGAGGCAGGCAGCCCAGAGACACGGCGCCAAUCAUAAGCCGGAGAGAAGGAACAUCUUCAGUGAGAGGAAUAAUGCUCCUCACUCCGACGAGGAGGACGAUGUUUACGACUCGCCCCACACCAGGCGGAGAGGAGCCUCGGUGGACGACUUUCUCAGGGGCUCUGAAACGAGCAGACAUCCCCACCACCACUCCCACAGCGAGGAGUACUGCACGGAGAGCAGCCGAGGUUCGGAUCUGUCCGACAUCAUGGAGGAGGACGAGGAGGAGCUCUACUGCGAGAUGCAGCUGGAGGAAGGCCGGCGGCGGAGCAUCAGCUCGCACAACACGCUCAAGAUUUUAGGGAACUCUUCCUCCAUGGGACGCUCGGAUCGACCGGAGCAGUCCAGCCGUCGGAUGAGUCACGGAUGUCCUCCCCCUCAGAGAAGGCCCAUGAUGGUUCCUUCCAUCGGCGGUUACAGAGGACGGGAUAGACGCUCGCCGGACUACUUCGAGGAGCCGGAGCCGGACAACCUGGCGAGGAUUUUUGUAGCUCUGUUUGACUACAACCCCCAGUCCAUGUCCCCGAACCCUGACGCCGCAGUAGAGGAGCUUCCCUUCAAAGAGGGCCAGAUCAUAAAGGUGUUCGGAGAGAAGGACACGGACGGGUUCUACAGAGCGGAGGUGUCUACAGGCCGGAGAGGUCUCGUCCCCUGCAACAUGAUAUCCGAGAUCGAGACGGAGGACAGCGAUAUGAUGGACCAGCUUCUUCAGCAGGGCUUCCUACCGCUGAACACACCGGUCGAAAAAAUAGAGCGGAACAGGAGGAGUGGACGGCACCCGAUGUCCACGCACCGGAUGGUGGCUCUGUACGACUACGACCCCAGGGAGAGCUCGCCAAACGUAGAUGUAGAGGAAGAGCUGACCUUCUGUGCCGGAGAUGUGAUAACGGUGUUUGGGGAAAUCGAUGAAGACGGGUUUUAUUACGGCGAACUGAACGGGCACAGAGGUCUGGUGCCCUCCAACUUUCUGGAAGAAGUGCCUGACGACGUGGAGGUUUUCCUCAGCGAGCCACAGGAUCACCCAGUCAGGACCAAGAGCAAAAGGGUACACCCCGUUUCACAGCACUAGCCCUCUCUCAUCCAUCUGCUAUUUCCCUCUCUCUCUCGUUUUUUUAAAAAAUUUUUUUUUAAACCUCUCCUUUCUCUGCGCUUGAAUCUUUUCCUCCUCUCUGUCUGUGAUUCACGUUGCGUGACGCCCGUUUGUUGUUUUUUUUUCUUCUUCUUCUUCUUCUUCCUCUUCUAUUUAUUUCCAUUUAUUUAUUUCAUUUUGUUCGGGAUCGUUAAAUAAAUGAACAAAAUAU